CUGGAACCUCCAAAUUCAAUCCCAAGAUCAACUUUUACUUCAACAGGGUAGCUCCCACGUUUUAAAAUCCUAUCUUUCUUUCUCUCCCAAAUUGCCCUCUAUUGAGCGAUUGUACCUAUUGAAAUCUUUCGUGCCUCUCCUCUUCUCUCUAAGUUUCUGCGUUUACAGAUUGUCUAGCCCCAUCACCAAAAUGCCAAGCACUCUCUCUUUUCUCGACCUGCCUCUCGAGGCGAGACUCAAAGUAUACUCUUAUGCAGGCCUGAUACGGCACUGUCCGAUAGACCUUGCUGCUCCGAGAAGAUCGGCCCUGAUCUUGGACAAUAACAUGACGGGUCCCUAUGGCAACUUUAUACCGCACAACUGUUGGUUGUUUGAUGAGGGGCAUGACAGGUUCGAGGGGGGGAAUUUGCAUAGACAUCCUUUGAAUUGUUUUUGCCCUGAUCUCCCGACUGCUUUGCUUCUAGUUUCCGAGGAAGCCAUUUCGAUCCUCGUCGGUCGCAACAAAUUCAUUCUGCGAGCUCAUACUGGCCCUGAUCUUACUCUUUUACAGACAAUCAACCUCCGCGCUCUAGCAUUCAUGACGUCUCUGUUACUCCGCCUGAAUUGCUGGCCUUGUCCACGGGGACACAAUGAUGGAGAUCCACCUGAACGGAGCACUAGGUGCAGGACCUGCGAUACGCCGAAAGCACUGAGCGAUCCUGUGCUAAACGAAGCGAGCCAGGUAGGGCAGGAUCUUAUACAACGAUGGAGGAUAAUAUGCAAGCGUUUAUCGUCGGUCAUUGCUCCAGGACAAUUACGGCUUACCUUUAUUUGUGACGUGAUUAGUCUGAAAACGGCGGAACAAGUCGUCGAGCCGCUCUUGACUCUACCAAGGCUACAGCAAUGUACUAUUCGACUUGGUCGGGAAAGGAACAAUGAAAUCAGAGCACUGGCAGAAAGAGUCUCUUUUCAGGCAACCGAGACGUUUAUUCCGAGGUCAGGAUUCCCUUUCGAACGACUCCCGAGAGAACUGCGCUGGAGAAUACUAAGCUUUACACACCUAACCGCCCCUGGCACCUACCACAGUGAUUGGGAUAUAUUCCGAAUUAAAGGUGGCAAGUUCUCUGGACGAGGUUUCUAUUCAAAUCCAACUACUUGUUGCUGGAAAUGUACUGAUACAUUCGCUGAUUGUUGUUGCCCGAAAUCAUACGCAUCUUAUUCAGCAUCCUGUGUCUGUCGGAUGCUUCCCCUUGCACUAUUUUCUGUUAGCAAACAAAUGUACGAAGACGCCUUCCAGGUGUUCUACCUGAAUGUUUUCUUCGAAUUCCACUCAGAUCCAGAAGACACGCUUUACUUUCUAAAAGGCCUACCCACUCAUGCUCUUCGCCUUCUUCGACGCUUACGAUUCCUCUUUGGAGAGACGGAUCUCUCGGAAUGGAACAGGAGAAACUAUACCCAGAAAUGGCAGAACCUAGUUUUCUUUAUCAAGGAGAACUUUGACGUUCCAAAUCUAUCUAUCGAGAUCGAUACAAACAUAGGUGCUAGCGAGUUAUGCUUGUUUAUAGACGACUUCGAAGAAACCCGCUUUCUAUACGACAUCUAUUACGAGAUUGGAAGGGCUCUCAGGAUUUUACCCAACCUUAACGAUCUUUGGUUUGACAACGGGUGGUUCGUGGAUCUUGGCCCGCUCUUGGCGAGGGAGGUGAUAGGCGAAAGAUACAAGGAGCGUGAGGAUUUAGCACAGCAACCAGGACAGCGCCGACUCAAGAGGCAGUGGGAGGUACCAAUUUGGUGGUAUGAGAGAGACGUUGAAAGCAAUCUCUGAUCUGUUUUUUGGAAUUUGCAGAGCCCGGUAUUUAUAUCGCAUUGCGGCAUUGCAUUGGUUUUUCCCAAAAUGUUUCAAGCUUGUAAAGACAGUUAACUACCAAACAAAAGUUCAAACGCAA